AGAAAAACAAGUUUACACACAGGGCAUGACGAAAGGAGGCAGUGAACAGGAAAAUCCCAUCCCGGCAGGAAAAAAAAACACAACUCGCACAGAUCCUAAACCGCCAUUUCGGACCGUUAAAAUUCUCUCGACGGGAGGGAAGGAGGGGAAAUAAAAAAAAUGGGGAAUUCAUAACUUCACUAAUUCGAGAUUUCUAACUUGUCCCGAAAUUGAAUUUGAGGAGUAAGCUCUUCAGAUGUUUCAAGAUUCCUCUUAAAUCGAAUUCGCAAUUAAUUUGUCUUCUGGAAGAAAAGCAACUUCUGGUGUAUCACCUUCUAGAUACAGGGUAGAAGAAUCAUUCGCAAGAGAAAAGAAAACUAUGGAGAAAAUUUUACUGGUAAUCAUAUUGAUUGCUUUGGGAUCACAAAAUCAAGCAGGUGCUGCUCCAACCAAAGAAUGUAAAGUCGAAACAGUUGGAAGAAACCAUCCUGUCACUGUCUCACAAGUGGUACAAUACUGCAUGUGCCGUGGCAACUCUACACCUAAUGAAAGCAUAUAUGUCUUUGAUUCGAUCAUUCCUCCCAAUAAGUUACCACAGAUUACGUUGAAUGUGCAGCCCAUUAGUGUCAACAAGACAAUGGUCCUUAUUUUUUACAGCAACCGUCAUUUAUUUUGGAAUUUGAGUUCUAUCAAUAUGCCAUUCAUAGUUCAUCAUUCUCAACAUUCCAUUGUAUCACCAGAGAAAACAAUUUUGAAUUCAGCUGAACAAUUGAAGCUAUUUAAUGGAACUUGCACUUCGUUCACAACUUUAGCUAAGCCUGAAAAUGCUGAAACAAACGUCAUAAAAGUGAAAGAAGAGGAAAUGCACCUGUCUAGAUGUGAAAAACAGGAUCAUACUAAUGCUGAAUAUUAUCAAGAUUAUGAGCUUCUCCAUCAAGAUUUGAAGGGUUGUGUGACAUCUAAUGAACAUUCCACUUCUCAACUCCACAUCAUAAAUCUGAUAGCCACAUCAAGAACUAGGAACACAACAAAGAAGUCCAUUAACAUGGAUAUAGAAUUUACUCAUGGAAAUAAUUGCCAUAAAUGCAAAAUCUUGCUCGUUAUACAGAGCAAGCAACCCAUGACUUUGAACAUCAUCGGAGAAGUUCCUUCAUUAAACCUUACGGUAUCUCAUAAAACCAAUAUAAUAUGGCCAGGAUCAAUUGAGGUUUACCCUAAUCUCCCAGAAACCUCUGUAGAGCUAUUGAAAUGGGCCAAGAACCAUGAGUUUCCUGCUACUUCUUUGACAGAGAUUCCAUUGGUUGAUAAGAUUGAAAUUAAAAUUAAUCUUAAUGCAAAUGGUGGCCAUAUUUCUACGUUGCAACUGGAGUCUCCAAGUAAUUUUAUUAAGUCUGUCGACUGUGGAGAAUUGGGGAUGGAAAUCACUGUUAAUAAAUCUAAGAAGAAUUUAAUUCGGGAAAUCACAUUAUUGGAUGACAACUGUAAAGGAAGCAGUAAUGAGACACACUUCUAUCUGAAAUACUUUCCUUACACUGAAUGUAAAACCAGAGAGAGUAUAGAUGGUCAUAACUAUAUUAACAAGCUAAGGAUAAAGUUAUUCAAUGGAGAUGAAAAAGUGUAUGAUAUAACUUGUCCACGUGUACAAACAAUUUGUGAUAUCCUUAAGCUGAACAAUAUUAAUGAAGGAAGAUACAUUAGAAUUCAUGAGCUUCCUAGCUUUAAAAAGUCAUCCUCAAAGCUUUACAACUGCACAACUGUGUAUGGAGAGGUUUUAGCUGUUUCGCUGAACUCAAUGAUGUUAAAACAAAUAAAAUAUAACUGCUCCCUCAUCCCGAGGUUUACUAACAAUUCUACAAAUAAAUUGCUCAGUCUUCGUGACAUGCCGUUGACCCUUACUAAUCUAAAGACACUUCAAGCUAAAUGUGGUCAAUCUGAAAUAUGGUCCAAUCAUUUCAAGUUCAUGUUUCAUAACUUCUGGAGCCCAGUUGUUGAGGAUGUAAUCAUGGAAUGCAAUACAAGUUAUUGUACUGAACCAAAUAGAUGCCAUUUCGUGGGAAAGGUAUCUAAAGCUUUGAAAAUAGAUAACAAUAGUCCUAAACAACUUGUUUGUCCUGAAUCCCAAAGCCCCAGUCCAGAUACCCUUAAUAACCAGGGACUGGAGAUGUCAGCUGUAUUAGGAAUUGUAUUUGGUGCCUUUAUCAUUGGAGCAUUGCUAAUUGCAGCUCUAUGGUUUUUGUAUUCACACACUGGUUCUUCUGAAAAGAAACAGGCUAUUCCAACCAAUCCACCUGCAUCUGAGAAUAGCAGCACCAACCACAGUAUUGGUAGCACCCAAAGUACCCCAUGUUCCACCAGCAGUGUUGCAUAGCUAUCAUCAAGACUUCCAACACUGGUGAAAAUGUACUGUUACAUGCCAACCAUCAUUUUAUCAACAUUUCAGCAGCUAUUUUUUAAAAAAAAAAGUAGGAGCUGUUACAAUUUACUUUUAAGAAAGUACCGUUGGUGGUAUUACAUUGCAUCAUCAACUUGGAUUGAAGUGCUACCUACUAAUGAUUGCCUGGGAUCUAGAGAAUAAUGAUAUCAUAUAGUGACUACAAUGAAGUAAUUAUUCACAAUUGAUUCGGGUGAUGUUUUAAACCACAAGGGUAAAUGAUUUAAUUCUGUUGCCUGAACUCAAAACUAGAAUAAUACAUAAAAAUUCAGGUAAUUAUUGUUAGUGCAUUUAAAUAAAAUUUAAACAAUUUAAAAUGGGGAUUUAACACAUUUUUGGCUCCAUAUUUCAUGCCAGAGAGUAUGUUAAUGGUGAUGCCAAUUAGAGGAGAUUUGUUUUUCCAUUAAUGGGCAAUAAUAUUCACUUAUAUAGGCUUACAAUUUUAAUCUAAUCCCUUUAAAAAUUCAGCAAAGCACAAUUUUAAAUCCUGCUGAAAGAACUUUUCCUGCUACAUGCUUUGAUUAUGUUAAAGAUGCUAAUCAAGUUGUUUUUGACAGACUCUGACCAGGUUGAAAUUGACAUCCAUUAACACCCCCAUACUGGUAUAGGAAAAAUUGGAAAAGAUGCACACCAUGAAAUGCAAAAUGCAACAUAUGGUGUGAUUUUUUUUGUGCAUUUUUUGCAGCCUAUUCUCUGAUUGGGCAGCCGUCUUAGAGUCUUAAAUUAUUUUAAAAUAACUAAUUUUUAAAAAGGUUUGGCCUCUUGAUAAUGUUAAAACUAUGUUAAGAAACUAUGCAAGUUAUAUAUAUUGGAUAUCAUUGAAUUAUAAUUUUAUUUCUACAGAAAAUGGGAAUUACAAUAACAUUAGUUUUCAAGAGGCUCAAUCUUACCACCUUAUCACUAGAAAGCAUCCAACCGUUUAACAGAUCACAACUGAUUAAAAUUUUCUGGCUAUGUAUCAUAUUAUCUAAAGUUUAAAAAAAAAUCAGGGGCAUUGAUAAUUUGCUGUGUAGAACACAGAUUUUUUGAGGAACAAACAGAAAUGGAAAUUAAAUCUUCCAUGACCAAUAAAACCCAACCUGUAGGAUGACAGGUUGAGGCAGAAAUUUUAUAAAUGUCCUGUUAUAAUAGUUAAUCCUGGGGAAUAGCACUUAAUUCCAUUAAUGGGGAUAGAAAGAGCACCUGACCAUGACAAUAUGAAUUAAGUGAAAGUAGCAAAAAAAAAAUGAGGAGAUAAGAAAAACAUUUUUGAAAAUGCAAAUCCUAGGUUUUAUUUAGUAAAUUUCCAUUUAAACUUGGCAUUCAUGGACCACUGGAGAAAGUAAUGACCUCAUUAAAUCAGACAUACAUUAUGUUAAAA